GUCAAGGAGGAGCCUGCAUGCUUGAGAAGGAGAGGAUCAGUCUCUGAUUAGCCGCUGCGGGUGAUGGUACUGAAAAGAAAUGAGCAGCGCUGGAUUUGCAGAUCUAAUCACUGAGAUAGAGAUAGAGAGAGAAAGAGAGAGUUAGAUCGCCCUAAUUUCUCCUCAGGUCCAGCACAUCAGAUGGAGCUCCUGUUGACAACUGAGACGCGCGCGAUCGCAGUCUACAGGCACCAUUACCGGCAUACAGAGAUAGGCAGCUAGACGAGUGUGCGCAAACCUUCUAAAAACAAAACGACAUUUCGUGCACAUAUCUUUUAUUUUAUUUGAUCUUGGAUUACAGAACUUUUUUUUUAAUGUAUAUAUAUUUUUGUCUGAUCACUAUAUCAUCUUAUCAUCCGAGUUCUUGUUUUUGAAAGAAAAGAAAAAAAACCUACAUCCGACUCACUAAUCUAAUAUUUUCUGAUACACGAAGUGGACUAGAAGAUUUAUUAGAAAACAAGUAAAGGAAAUCGACACCAGAAAAACAGCGAAACAGAGAGACUUAAAAAGGAGGCGGUUCGACUAUCGUUUUUUGAGAAUUCAAGUGGACACGUUAAGCAUCCGUUUGUUGGAUAUUUUGUUUUCUGCUCCCGUUGAUAGAGCAAUAAUCAUAACUGCAUUUUUGGGGGGAAUGUCAUUGUUAAACCACGUUGGACAGAGUGAGUGAAAAUCGGCUGCAGGGAUAUUGGCGCAGUUGGCAGCAGACCGGGCAAAUCAGUGGUCGAAUCACUCACACCUGUUUGGUGUUAUAACACCGUCAAGCUCCCCAUUCAUCUUAUUAUCUACCUGGCUGCUUAUCACAGAUAUCACUUUUUAUGGCGUGAGGGUUUAUUUUUCAAAAACGAACAACGACAGCCCGAAGUACUACUUGACAAAUGCAAGAACAGAGACUGAACAUUCCUAAGCCGGGUUUCUGCAAUAACAGGUUCGUUUGUUGCUCAUAAGUAACAGAACUAGUACCGGGGGAAAUCCUAUUUGUGUUUUUCUUUUGAGAAGUGAAUGUGUGUUUUAAUUAGACCCAACAACAACAACGCAAUACUAUAGCGCACCCCGUGUCUGGCAAGCAAUUUGUUUUCUGCAUCAGCAGCGGAACCCUUUUUUUGUAGCAAGGGGCCAGAGGGAAAUUGAUGUCAGUUAUCAUCUAUUAAUCGCUUAUCGUACAACUGCUUCCACUUAUUGUUACACACAUUAGUAUGUACAUAAAUACAGCUAAUAACAAUAAUCACAAUUUAUAGAGAAAUCAGCUUCGGCGCCCUCAUUAUUACAAGCACUGCGGACUGCAACGGCACUCCCUGGAUGGAAACGGAGGACAGGCACAGAGUACUUGAGUAAAUAAAAAGAAGGUGGCUGUACCGCUUAGAGAAACAACUCUUGUUGCUUUACGCUUCGGUUAUUAAUUCCAGCUGCAGCCGCCUUGUUCUCGCUUGUAUGUUUCAACUUAAUUGAGAAACCACUCGCUUCCCUUUUUCCAUAAAGCAAUCCAAAAGGAAAUAACAUAAAAAUAUAUAUAUUUAAAAAUGGGCACCGUCUUAUCUCUUUCCCCUAGCUCAAGAAAGGCCAGUUACUAUGACGACGGCUCAGGGUCUCUUAGCCAUCACCCGAGCCUCCAAAGCAGCAAGUCCUUAGGCGGCCAGAAAGACAGAAACAUAAAGCGACACUCGAUGUUCAUCCCGGCCCUGACCUGGAAACGGUUAGUGGCCUCAACCAAGAAAAGGGGCUCCAAAAAAGGCAAUGGCACCCUCAACAACAACAACAACUACCAGAAGGAUGUGGCUCACCUGAAUGACGAGAACGUUAAGAAGUCAGUGUCCUGUGCCAACCUUUCCAGCUAUGAGGAGCAGGCCCUUGCGCCGCUUCAGGGGACAAAUGGGAAGAUCCCGUCUGUCAAGAACGUCACCUCUAGCACUAACUACCCCUCAGACGGCUCCCCCAAGCGUGUGAUAGUCCAGGCCUCCACCAGCGAGCUGCUCAAGUGCCUGGGUGAGUUCCUGUGCCGGCGGUGCUACCGGCUCAAGCACCUGUCUCCUACUGAUCCCAUCCUGUGGCUGCGCAGCGUGGACCGCUCACUUCUGCUGCAAGGCUGGCAGGACCAGGCCUUCGUAACGCCUGCCAACGUGGUAUUCGUGUACCUGCUGUGCCGUGACGUCAUCGAUGGGGACCUGGUAGCCACGGAGCAUGACCUGCAGGCCACGCUGCUCACCUGCCUGUACCUGUCCUACUCCUACAUGGGCAAUGAGAUCUCCUACCCUCUCAAGCCCUUCUUGGUGGAAUCCGGCAAGGAGGCCUUCUGGGACCGCUGCCUGCGUAUCAUCAACACGAUGAGUGCCAAGAUGCUCCGCAUCAAUGCAGACCCCCACUUCUUCACACAGGUCUUCGCUGACCUCAAGAACGAGGGCAGCCACGAGGACUUCAGUCACACCCUGGACCGAUGAACCCCUUCACUCUACCACCACCUCGCUGACCCCCCACAACCUCCCUUUAGGCCCGCCCAGGUCUGGCCUGGGCACUCUCUGGAUUUCUCAUCAGGUUGGGCUGCUGCUGGAACUUUGCUUUCAGUAGCUGGAGCUGAUCAGUACACUUGACAUGUUGCCAGUUAAUAGCCCACGGUAGUGUUGGAAUGCUGAUCAAACAUUUCUUUGGCACAUACAUUUUGUUAAAUGUCUUUAUAUUUAAUUUAAAUAUGAAUAAUCUUUUUUUUAAUUUAAAUUUGUUAAUGUUAUUACUGUUUAUUUUUAAUUUAUGUUAUAUGGUGCAUAUGAAGCUACAUCACUUUACUAAAGUAGGUCAGAAUUCACCAGGUUCAACUAAAAAAUAGCUCAAUUAGACAACACCCUUAACCCCCUCUCAACUACACACAAUUAGUUUUCAACUUCAAGCACUCAGCAUUGUCUACAAUGUGGCUUCCCUUCCCUCCCUUCUGUCCCCCCACACCCACUAUUUAAAUGGCCAAGUUAUACCUGAAUUGGAGACUAGCUGGGUCUUGUAGCACUUUUACUGUCGCUGGGCCCAUGCAAAUCUUCUCUCUCUUACAGUGGCUUGUUAGGGUUCAGAGAUUUAAAAAAGGGACAGCUUUUCUGUGGGGGUUUGGUGCCUCUGAAGCGGAGCCUGUAGCCUCUCUGAAUGUGUGCAUGUGUAUUGAAUGUUGGUGUAAGUAUAUGGGAGAGUGUGUUCUUUGAUUGAGCUUUUCAGCAUUCAAAUGUGUACUUGCAUGUUAAGUUACAUGUUCUGUAUAGAUGUGGUAAUGUUGUAUUUAUUGUAUUUAUUGUGUAACUGUACAUAUUUAUUUGUGUGUGCAUUUACUACUAUGUACACUACAGUGUUUGUGUGUGUGUGUAUAUAGAUCUAUCUAUCUAUCUAUCUAUAUCUAUAUAUAUAUAUAUAUAUAUAUAUAUAUAAUCUAGAUACAUAUAUAUAUAUAUAUAUAUGAAUAUACUGCAUGUAUACUGUGUUCAUAUAUUUUGUGCAUACAGUACAUGCCAUAUUAUACUAUAUGUGUGUGUGAGUGAAUGAAUGCAGAAUAUAUGUUGUCCCUUUAUGUCAGUAGCACUCAUUUCAUUCUCAACAUAUUUUCACUUGGGAACCAAUAGUGUUAAUACUUUAGAUUAAAACAGGUGAUUCACUUUCCAGUAUUUAAUUUCUAAAAUGCCUUUUGGCAUGAAGAUGAUGAUGUGUGUGUGUGUGUGUGUUUGUGAGAGAGAGAUAGAAAUGCAUCUGAACUGCUACCAUAACAUAGAUAUGUGCUUUAUAGAGAGAGAGAAGGGCAUGUAUAGAGUGCUGUGAAUUGCAUGUCCUGCUGAUUACAGCACUUUACAUGCUGUUUCAGAGAGAAGACUAAAGGAUGUCAAAUGAUCCUUUAAUAAUAAUGAUAUGAACACUACUUUACCUGUUUCUAAUUAAAAUGUGUUCAGUCAUCUCUUCCCUGUCCCCCACUCGCCACCCCACCCAUCUUUAUAAAUCAAUGAUUUUGGCUUAUUGUCAAAGAAUAUUACAGUGGGUGCCUAUACAGGGCCCAAAGUCAGCCUUGGGAACAUGAUAAGAGCUCCCUGUCAUAAACAGAUUGCAAGGGAAGCCUUCUCAAUUAGCCUCGCAGGUGGAUUUUGAGCUGUUAAAUGGUUGAAAGAGCGAGAUGCAGAGCAGGAGAUUCAAUGUUCCUCGCUCCAUUGCUGUAGCUCAGUCCAGGACCUGUGUUCGUAAUUUCCUGCUGGUCAGUCUCUUAUUAACACCCGUGCAGCAGUGCUCUGUGUGUACACUGUACAGUAAUGCUGCUGUAACUGGCAGCUGCAGAGGCACAGAUGUGCUUUAGGUAAACCACGUUACUCCAGAAUAGAAAAUCCUUUAUAGCCAUGCCACAGUCAUCAAAAGCACUAGAGGAGCAGGCAAGUCAUUAGCAUAAUACUGAUUGAAGAAUAUCUGUAAUUCCUCAGACAUAGAAUAUUUUCGAUUGUCCCAGUAUACUGGGUAGAUCUACCAGUGUCUUCUGGCCUGUUUAUUACAGGGUUAGAUUCAGUCACUCUAUAACUGUAGCUGUGAUCAGAUCUUACAUAUGUGAAUAGUAUAGCGUUAAACAGUUACACAAACACACAAACAGUAGAGUUAAUCUCGUAUUAUCUGAAGGAUAUCCUCUGAGGAAAACUGUGUUGCUCUGUGCUAUUCUGUGUUGCUCUGUGCUUAAACUGAAACAGCCAGGGAGACAAACUCCUUCAUUGUACCAAGUAGAAAAGACCAGUAUUGUUGAAAAACUGGACAGUGUUAGUACAAUAGGAAUACUGCAGUCUGUGUGUGUGUGUGUGUGCCUCUCUCCCUGUAUUUCUGUAUAAGGGUUAAGGGGUAAGGGGGGAGGGGGGCUGAGUUUGACAUUACGAGCCAGACUGUACAGCUAGUGGAGGACACCUCUGUCAUUAAUAAGUGCGCUGUUGAAAAAACAAAUCUUUUCUUUGUAACUGCCAUCGCUCUGUGAGUCUUGGUGACUUUGAGUUUGCUGCUAUAUUAUAACUGAUCAAUACACUUUUGUGUGCAUGUGAGUGUGUGCGUGUGUGGGAACAUGCGUGUCUGUGUGCGUGUGUGAUCCAAAAGUACUGUGUAAAUACAUUGCUGUAUAAAGAAAACAAUGUCUUGCUACUGUGACAGUGUGCAUGCCAGCAAAUGUAUUCAAUAAGUGUUUUAAUUUUGUUGUAGUUUAAAUUACAUUUAAAUGUUUGGUUUGUUUAAGAAAAAUAAAUAAAUACUGGUUCAUCCCUUUUAGGGGAAGAUGUAAAGAUAUUGUUAUCGGUAUUAUUAAAGUUUGUUUGUGAGCGAACACGGUUCAAGUUUACUUUGCGCCCGUGCUCCUGCGAGGGCUCCUGUACUGUUCUAAAGAGCAGACAGGGACUUUGCUAAUUAAAUCCACUUUGCUUAUUUCAUCCUCAUUUUGACCAAUGCAAUGGCAGAGCUGUAUUAAAAACUUAAAUGCAUUUUUUUGUAAAAAAAGAAAAAAAAAGUCAAACAAAUAUUUUGUGGGUGUAAUCUUGUAACUGUGUUGCGAAUUUGUGACACCUUGUGCAACUUCACACGUACUGGAGGCCGUUGUUUUGUUUUUCUUUCUUUCUUCCUGUUCUGUCACUUCCUCUUCGAGUUGUGGUUACCCAUAUGCUUGUGUGACAGCCGGUUAUGAAAUCGAGCUGCACACAGCAGUUUCAGGAAACCAGAAACAUUGAAAGUUAAUUCUUUUGAAAAUAACUGAUGUCUGUGCUGCUUGUUCCCAGUUUAUAACAGGAGUACUAUAAAGAGGGGAUGCAACAUUGUAUCAGUUUGUAGCCCCGAGGGAUUGUUUAGUGAUCCCUGCUGCUGUCUUCUUUUAACGUGACGCUUGGUUUACUCACUAAACCAGGAGAUUACUGUUGGGACCCCUUGUAAACCAGACACUGCUCGAUUAUAGAUGCACUGAGGUCACCGAUUCCCAUACAGAUCAAUAGCUGUCACUUGUACGGCAAUCCACAAUUGUGAAUGUUGUGGGCAGCCUGUGAAUUUGCUCUGUCAGUAGGAGUCUGGGGGAGACCAGGACUGGGGCCCAUUUCAUGGGUCCCUUGCCUAAUCGGUCUUGUUUCCAGGGUUACCUGUGCUGAGUUGUGACAAUGAUGAUGAAGCUAUGAGCGUGCACAGUGGCUUUUGUGAAGUCGAUGGAUUCUUUGUCAAGAAAACUUGAAAAAACUUGAAUAAAAAAAACAAUGUCACAGUUUGUUUUGUUUUUGUUAUUGAGUUUCAAUUCAAACAUUUUUUUUUUAAUUCAAUAAACUGUCAAAACAUGA